AAGAUCUCAAUGCUGUCUUCUCAUAUCACAUCCAGCUCUCUACAUGGUUCAUCUUCAUUGAUCGGAACUCCACUUCAGCUUCAUGGCAGCAACAGCUCAUCACAAUCCAAAAGAAUUCAACUUUAUGUCGGGAAUCUGACCUGGGUACGAUUAUUCAAACCUUUCCAUUUAUAAAACCAAUUGUUCAAAGUGUCGUUUUAUUUAUCUAAAAAGUAAUUGUGCUGUAUAUCGAAUCAUUCCCAGAUAGUUCCCAAUUGUUUAUUUUUAUUUUAUCGACAUUAAUCAAAUUGUUAAGUCUGUGAUAUCAACCUAGCCACCAUGUUGUUAUGAUGGAGGGGCUAUGAUGUGUGAUAAAACUGUAUGAUGGCAUUCAAAAUUGAAAGAAGGGCAUCAUGAAUGUUGAUGUAUGUAUGUGUAUGUGAGAAGGCAUACCAAUUCAGGGACAUGAACGACCAUGCAUGUUGUACGCUGUGUAUCUGCACUUUUUUAAUAAUUUUUUUUUUUAUCAUCUAUUGAUCUAUCAUAAGUAGUCCAUCAAAACUUAUCAUUAGCCCCUAUCAAAACCUUUGACUGAAGGUUUUUGAGUUGUGUUGUAUUACGUUUCUCAGGAUGCGGUCCUCCAUAGAACUCCCCAGAAAAAUUCUUGUCAAUCAGUUUUGCGUAACUGAUGUGCCACAUCCAUCGCCCCAUGUUUUUUUUUUCUCCUUUGAUCUCUGAAAUCGUCAUCUCUGCCAAACGAUAUUUGAGUCGAAUGAAUUGUUAGUUUGGGGUGGGAUAUCGCUUGAUAUGACAAUCUCAGCCACGUAUUAUAACAACCGCUGGCGCCCAUGUGCAGGAACAUCUUUGAUGAUGACAAGAAAAAGAAACUGCACUCUGACAUACACUCACUACAAAUUGCGCGGCUGUGUAAAGGUGCCCGAUCAAAAUAUCUUUUAUUUGACCAAUACAAUUAUGUGGACCACAGAUGCCGACGUGGAGAAUGCAAUCAGCGCGAUUGGCGUCCAAGACCUGGUGGAGGUGCGAUUUCAUGAAAACCGAGCCAACGGCCAGUCGAAAGGCUUCUGCGUCAUCACCGUCGGUUCCGAGAUCAGCGCCCGUCAAUGCAUGGACAAACUUCCCAAAAAGGAUCUGCAUGGACAGACGCCCAUCGUCACCUUCACAUCCAAACAAGCGCUCAAUCAGUUUGAGGCGCAGUCAAAGAGCCGCCCAUCUAGACAAUCAAGUCCUCCGCGGAGUACCGGUUCUGCUCCAUCCGGAGUUCCGUCGCUAACAGUCGGAUUACUCGGACCUCCUCCAAUGAAUGGGCCUCCUCCUAGGAUGAUGAUGGGUCCGUCAGCUUCUUCAUCCGGACCCCCACCUUUAACGAGUCUCUCAUUACCUCCGCCACCUUCAGUUCGUGGUCCACCGACACCCGGCGGCAUUCCCGUUCCGCCACCGACGCAUCAUCUUCUUCCACAUCCGGUCAUGUCACCUACGGUCGUACCGCGAGGUCCGCCACCCGGCAUGGGGAUGCGUGGGCCUCCGCCCGGAAUGGAUAUGAAUCCUCAUCGUAUUCCGCCUCCUGGCAACGGCCGGCCAGAAUGGGCCAACAUAGUCCAGCAGCCAGCUCCUCACGUCAAUCCGGCAUUCUUCCCUCCGCCCGUUGCGGCACCUCCGCCUGGAUUCCCUCCACCGAUCGGCCCACCACCACCAUUCAUCACUGAUAAUCGGCCACCGCACACCAAUGAGCCGCCAAACGUCAGUGAAGCCGAGUUUGAGGAAGUGAUGGGCCGCAACCGAACAGUUUCUUCUUCCGCCAUUGCUCGAGCUGUUGCGGAUGCCUCAACUGGUGAUUACGCCAGUGCCAUCGAGACGCUUGUAACGGCCAUUUCGCUCAUCAAACAGUCAAAAGUGGCGCAUGAUGAGCGUUGCAAGAUCCUGGUUUCUUCCUUGCAGGAUACGUUGCACGGCAUUGAGGCCAAGAGCUACGGAUCACGAAGAGAACGAUCCCGGUCGAGAGAUCGCGAAAGGAGGAGAAGACGUUCGCGCAGUCGGGAGCGCGAGAGGCCCAGUGAACGGGACCGGGACAGAGACCGUGAAAGGGAUAGAGAAAGGGAACGCGAGCGUGAAAGGGACUACGUUGAACGUCCAAGGGAAAGAGAGCGUGACAGAGACCGCUCUCGAAGUCACGAGCGAGACUACCGAGAAGUGCGUAACCCGCGAAAUUACGAAGAACGUUACUCUUCGCACGAAGAGUCCAGGCGAGGAGAUUACGGCGGCGGAGGUGGUGGCAGUGGUCGCGGUGGAGGAUCUGAUCGAGACAAGGACCGUGAAAGAGAUGGUGGAGGCGGAAGUAUGCGGGGCGGACGAGGCGGCGAUCCAGGUAUGGAUCGGGAACGUGAGCUACGUUCUCGUGACGACAGGGAAUCGCGGAGCAUGAGACACUAGAAGACGAGCAUCAUAUACGGAUGAGAAAUGAAACAAACAAAACGAUUGACAACUUUAAUUAUCGUCAUUAAUCAGAAUAUCUUUCUCCCCUCGCGUAUUUACCGCGACUUGGUAGCAUUUAAACACACGUAUGAACCACGAUUUUUUUUAUUUCGUUUAAUAAUUUGCUUCGGUGUGUCACUCCCUCCCAAGUCCCUAAAACUUUCUCGAAACAAUAAACAUUUUCAAUUUCAUUCA